AUGACGUUCAAUCUACCCCUCCGCACAACACCAGACACAUCGUCAACAACCAGCCGUCGAAAUCAGGCAAGUCGGAAUUACUACAGCACCACCACCACCACCACCACCACCACUACCGCCAGUGCUGCUGCCGGAAGUAACCCGUCAGGUACGGCCAUCACUUCUGAGAUCAGCCCGUCAGGUAAUACGGCCGCCGCCGCGGGUCGAGGGAGCACGUACUCUCCCCCUCUCAGCUCGACGGAGGCCAUCGAUGGGCCGGUCAGGGAGCCGGCCAGGGAGAAUGCCGCCAUGAGUGAUAGGUUGAUUGUCGGGGUAGAUUUUGGGACGACAUAUUCCGGAGUCGCCGCCGUAUACACAUCCACACCAGACGAUGUCGAGAUCAUCAAGACAUGGCCCGGCGGAAACGGCAUCACAUCAGACAAGGUACCGACCGAGAUAGCGUAUCACUUUCCUGGGAGCACCGCCACCACCACGACCACCUCUGCCGCCACCAGCAGCACCAGCAGCAACGGCAACGGCAAUACCCAGGAAGACGCAGAGGACAACAGCAGCAGCAGCGCAGACGCCACCCCUCCGGCGGUGAAAUGGGGCUUCCAGUUCAGGCCGGAAGAGUCCCGUCUCCGGUGCAUCAAGCUCUUCCUGGAUCGGUCGCAGAAGCUGCCCUUCUACGUGAGCCCGCUGGAGACGGCGGCGCAGCUGAAGCGCUUCAACAAGAACGUCGUCGACGCCGUGAGCGACUACCUGACGCAGGUGUACCGGCACACGACGGACACGCUGACGCGCCGAUACGGCGAGUCGUUCAUGGCCUCGACGCGCGUCGAGUACGUCCUCACCUGCCCGGCCGUGUGGAGCGACGCGGCCAAGAACACGACGCUCAGGGCGGCCGAGAGGGCGGGCAUGGGGAGCCGCUCCGAGAUUCAGAUGAUCAGCGAGCCGGAGGCCGCCGCCGUCUACACGCUCAAGGCUAUACAGCCGAACCAUCUCAGCGUAGGGGAUAACUUUGUCGUCUGCGAUGCCGGGGGUGGUACGGUCGACCUGAUCGCCUACAAGAUCAUGUCCCUCAAACCUCUGAGGGUGGAGGAGUCGGCCGUGGGUACGGGGGGACUCUGCGGAAGUGCUUUUCUCAACUACAGAUUCGAAGAGCAUGUGCGGAAUCGUAUCGGGAAGACGAGAUUCGACGAGAUGAAGCUGAAGAAGGGGAAGACGUGGCAGAUGGGACUGCGGUACUUUGAGGAGUUUGUCAAGCGGAACUUUAACGAGGACGAGCAUCAAGAGGUCAACAUACCCUUCCCCGGUCUGCCCGACGACGAAGAAGCAGGGUUAGACUCUGGAUUCCUGGUCAUGACGGCCGGCGAGAUCAAGGACAUGUUCGAACCCGUGGUGAAGGAGGUGACGGACCUGGUGCAGGGCCAGGUCGACGGCCUCCGGGCCAAGGGCGGCGUGGUGUCGGGCAUCGUGCUCGUCGGCGGCUUCGGCCAGAGCGACUACCUGUACCGCCGGCUGAAGGCGCACUUCACCACCAGCGCGGCGCCCCCGCCCUACAGCGAGAGGCCGACCCACUCGGGCGCGGGCGCGCACCAGGAGGGCGGGUCGAUCGAGGUGAUGCAGCCGGUGUACGCCUGGACGGCGGUGGUGCGCGGCGCCGUGCUGCGCGGGUUGGAGGGCAACAUGGUCAUCUCGCGCAAGUCGCGCAUGCACUACGGCACCUCGUACGCCACCGUGUACGACGAGGGCAAGCACUCCGUCAGUGAGCGGUACUGGUCACCACUGUGGGAGAGGUGGAUGGUGUCUGAUCGGAUGCAGUGGCACAUUGCCAAGGGCGAAUCCCUAUCACCCUCGUCACCGAUCGCCUUCCACUAUACCCGCAACUUCCGACCGGGUCAGUCCCUCGUCGUGACGGACGACCUGAUCGCCUGCGAAGCGGACGAACCCCCGGCGGCGUACACGCGGGACCUGAUGCACGUCUGCACGCUGACGACGGACCUGAACGCCGUGCCCCGGAGCCUGUUCACCCGCUUGACGACGACGCGAGGGGUCGAGUUUGACAACCUGGACUUUACGCUCGAGAUGAUUGUCGACAGUGCCGGGCUGGGAUUCGAGCUCAAGGUUGACGGGGUGCGGUAUGGGAGGGUUGAGGCUGAAUUUCACUAG